AUGAUCGGAACAUUUGUAAUUCUUGCGAUUCUCCAGGCUACGGUAGCGUUGGAUUGCGGAAAGGUGAGUUUUGCUGCAAACUACAGUUCAGAGAAAAAUUUUGCAGACCGAAAUCACCAAUCCGGAAUUCAUUCAAUUCCACGCUUUCAGUCAAGAAAUCUCAACCGGUGAGGUUUAUUUGGAGGGAAAAAUUGGAGCUAUCAGUCAACAUGUGGACUUCUACGUCUAUCGUGGACUUCCAUCAACAGCAAGUCAAGGCGAAAAUCUGACAUUUUGGACACGUUUCAAUCCAUUCGGACCGAGCACCGAGUUUUAUUUGAUUAAUUCGCAAAGACAACAAGUGGAUCAAGGAAAAUUGGAUGGAGUUCGGUUGAAUGCAAAUUCGGAUAACAAUAUCAAGAUUCAGUGGGAAUUUGGUCAAGUUUCACUCAAAAAUAUCAUUUUUCUUUUCAGAUUCCUCCCAGAAGAAUUCAAGGUGUUCACAAAUGGCCAACUCUUGCAAACCAUCCCUCGUAAAUUCGACAAAGAUGGAAAAAUCCAAGGCCUCGUCAUUGGCGGCGAUUUCAAAACAUCCUCAAUUGAUCUGAAUUGCAAUGGGCUCACCAAAAACGGAGAAUCUUCGUAA